AUGAAAAAUAAAUGUCUAGUUAUUCGUUAUGGAGAAUUGUUUUUAAAGGGAAAAAAUCGAAAUUAUUUUAUUCAAAAGUUAGUUGAUAAUAUUAGUUUGACUUUCCGGCAAAAUAAUUUCCAUGAUUUCCAAAUUGAAAAAUUGUCUGAUCAAUUAAUAAUUACUAACCAAAAUGAUAAGGCUAAUUUGGGAAAGUUAUAUCAAUUUGUAGAGAAUUAUUUUGAUUACCAUGCGAAUGAUUUUAGUACUUUUAAGUUUGAUAUUAGCCGGGGUGAUAAAAGCUUUCCCAAAAACUCGUUGACUUUACAAAAAGAAUUAGGAACAAUUGUGACAGAGAAAUGUGGCCGAAAAAAAUUAAGUGGUUUAGGGGGAAUGCCGGUUGGUAGUUCAGGCAAGGCUUUGCUGCUGUUGAGUGGAGGUAUAGAUUCGCCGGUCGCGGCUUACCAAUUAAUGAAAAGAGGCUUAGAAAUUACGUAUUUACAUUUUUAUCAGCAACUAGAAGGCCAAAACAAAAUUACCGUGCUUGUAACAAAAUUAAGUGUUUAUAAUAAUUAUCGUACCGAAAAAUUAAAAAUCAUAGCGAUUGCUACUGGUGAUUCGUUAGCACAAGUAGCUUCCCAAACUCUCGAAAGUUUGGGAGUUAUUCGACAGGCUUCUAUAACUGCUUUUGGGCAAGUAAAAGUCUUAACUCAAAAAGUAAUUGAAUUACGCCAUGAUUUAGAAAUGGAUGAAAAAGGAAUAAUUAAUAAAAUUCUUUUCUGA